UAUGGCUAGACGGACUUCCAGUGGUUGUUCAUCGAUAUUUGAUUUAACCUCCGAGGGAGAGGCUCUUGAAAGAGCUAUCCGGGACAAUGAUACACGCGCCACCAAACGGAUAAUCGAACAACAUCCAGCUGAUAGGAGUAGCAGUUGGAGUAGUGGUCCGUAUGGUAGUAGUGCUGUUAGUGGGGGUGGGAGUGCUGGAGCUAGUGCACCUGGAAGUUCGGGCAGCGGAGCAGGAGGAAUAGACCGAAGAGAAAGCUAUGAUCCUGGUAGUGCACUUCAUGUAGCUGUUCAACAUGGAGCUAAGGAUGUACUUGAACUUCUUCUUAAGUUUGGCCUUGAUCCUAACGAUCCAGGCUGCCCGCUCGGUGCCAUACCAAGAGGUGGCGCCGUGGAUAGUGAAAACUGCAGCUCAGCAUCCAACUUCCCAUUCGAUGUACUCAAGUGUCUACCGCCCUUAUUUUUGGCUGUUACGGAAAAGAGGCCUAAUUGUGUGAGAGUUUUGCAAAGUCACGGAGCGAAUCCUAAUAUUCGUGAUUCUCGAACUGGAUGUUCUCCAUUGCAUUUAGCCGCCAGUAACGCUUUCAGAUGCGCCGAUUGCGCGAGAGCGCUUCUGUCAGGUGGCGCCCGACUCUGUUUAGCCGACAGAAGCGGAGUAACGCCUCGGCAAUUACAACCCGAACUCGUCGAGGAGCAGCGACGUUUAAUUUACGACGCCUUGGCUAGGAUCGCCACUUCCGCUUAUUUGAGUGUUAUACCUCAGAGUUCAGGUGAUACUGGUGGUGACUCGCUCUCCAUAGGAGCCCGAUUUUUUCGACGACUCGGCAGCGACUAUUCUAGACAAAAAAGAAGUAAAGACUCUGCUAGUGAUUACGGACCUAGUACUCAAAAUAGGGAUAGGACCUCGUCCUUAACUUCAGCUAGGUCGAGGUGGAGUCUUAACUUUCGUUUCUCGGCUUCACCGCCACCUAAUUCCUAUAGAGAGGAGAGUAUGUGCGAAAUGGAACAUUCCUGUAGAUCUUCCGAUCCCGAAAGGGAACCUCUAACCAGUGAACGAUCAAGCCUAAUUGCAAGAUCUCGAUUAGGUUCUAGAAAAAAAACUGGUAGCAGACCUAAAUUUCAAGCUUCCGACCCGCCUACUGAAGCCAACUCGGCUGAAAUGGUAGAAAGGUCUUUGCAGACACUUAUGAAGACUGCAAUGAAUCCGGAGUGUAUUGCGUCCUUGUUGGAAGGUUUACAACUGCAUUUGGCGGCUUUGACUCAGGUUAAGGAGGGCGCUGAUUCAUCGCCUUUGGAACGUGCUCUCGCUCAAUUAUUAAAUCAAAUACUAAAGACCUGUAUAGGAGAGAUGCAACAGACACAAAACGGUGCGGAAAAAUUAGCCAUACUUCAGCAAUUAUCCAAGCUUUUGCGAUUGGUUGUUGCCCUGCUCAAAGCACAUCAUUCCCUUCACUUCAUUGCUCUUGUUAUUGCCAAUCGAAUAAUGGAUAGUUGUGUCGUAGAACGCGUUUAUCAUCCAUGGGAAUUGGAAGAUGAAAAUUGCCAAGAAAAAAACGGACCGUUUACUAGGUCAAUACCGCUUGAUAUGGGUGUCAGAACGCACUUGGAUACUUUAUUGGGUGCCAAAAGUCCCAAAUCGACAUUACGAAAUUCAUUUAGAAUGUCUCUACAUCAACAAGAAAGUACUCGGUCGAUGAGAUCGUCUGGUCUGGUUGAAUCUGUCAGUAAAGAGGCUAGCGUUUCUGAUACGGACGCUGGAACGGAAACGGAGAACCGAGAGCCUGAAACGACGCCCAUUCACGAACUCAAUUCAACCGAUCCGUCUCCAGUAGUAGCCGUCCUUUCAAGCGCCAUUCAACAGCACAAAAAAAAUCAUAACCGCCAAAAGUGUACGCCAAGCUUUCGACAGAGAGCUUGCGUUCAUCAUUGCAUUCAAAUUUUAUCGGCUAGACUAUUGGUAUUUUUCUGUCAUCAGCCCAAUAGUCAGCAUAGGAUGGUCAACGACGAACACAUCCGAGCCUUAGUCGAUGCCUUAGACCCUAAUCACGAUCCGCAUUUGCUCUGCUUGGUGCUACAAGCUUUAGCUUGCAUUGCUCUCAAUCCGCUCUACCAUGGUGCCCUUUCCGAUGCAGAUAUUCCAGAUACGCUCAUGCAGCUGCUCCUACCUUCCGACGAAUGGUACUAUACGAAUCACAGCACGCGCUAUGCCCGCUAUGUAAAAUAUCAUGCAGCGAGAAUUCUCGUUUAUAUGGGUUUGUUCCAACGCCUAGGCGGCAGGGUAAAUCUAUUUGAUGCUAAAGCCUUUGCUGAUUUAAACGGUCCGUCGAAGAAUAUGCAUCACCAUGGCGCGGAGGAUUCGUUUAUUGAUCAGAUGGCUAUGGGUAAAUUGUUACUAUGUGGUCAUCGCCGCCAGGUGGUCGCAGGCUCUUUAGAAGGUUUGGUUGCAGAAAUAAUAGCAGAAGCUGAAAAGGAUGAUGACAAUCCUCAUGUCUGUCAGGAUUUAGCUUCUCCUCCAAGGAUGCAAACAAGACAUGGUUCUCUAGCUGUCGAUUUCUUACCAGCUGUUCCUCAAUCAAAAAGAGCUUCAGAAGAAACACUAGCCUGCUGGGAUAAGUACUUGCUGUCCAAGCUAUCCCUAACUUACGCCCUACUUAAUGGCGCUCCAUUAGUUGUUCACCCUAUCAUCAUUCUUCGCUUGUUAUGCCACAAGGUAUUUGGUCCAAUGCUUCGACGCAAAACGAAUUAUUCGGACAAGAACCUUUCACCUCCAGCUGUUUCUGAAAGUGAUAGUUGUCCGCCUCAAUUCCGUUCUCACAGCAUAGCCGUUACAGAUUCGAAAAAAUUGCAUAAAAUCCAAAAGAAUCGGUCCGGUAGUGUUGAUAAACAGCUCUCCUACCGGAACCGGAAGAAACGCCACGGUCGGAAUAUGUCACUAGCCCUACGCGAUAUUGGUGAAGGAUUAAUGACGCCCCUAGAUAUUCUAAACACAUCGCCGUCGGAUUCUUUUUUGCACCUCGACUCUCUUGACGAUGACGGUAGCCAACGUCGACGCUUCCGGUUUCCAAGUUUGAAGACUCAUUCAAAGAGUCAAGGUCAUUUGGCGGGUGUUGGUCGUAGUGAUAGCGAAGACCGCCAGUAUGAGGAUAAAGAUAUUAAGCUAAUGCAAAAGGAAUUGAUUAAUUUACCUACAUUCGUAGUAGACGCUUCCAAACAUACAUCUACUCUUCUUGUAUCAAGAUCAAGUAGUGUUCCAGAAUUGCUAAGUUCCUCCAAUAGUGUUCCGAUAUGUGAAAUAGCAGUACACGAGACCAGUGAUGCUGAAAGCGUUGAUAGACAAGCCUACAAUUCUGCUGAUCAGGCUAUAGUAGUCCACUUUGCCGCUGCUUCACCCAUCGAUAGUCCAGCCUCCAAUCGAUCGUCUUUCGACGAAACAAGCAAGCUAGGUGAUUCCUUAAACCCACAUCACCAUGUAGUCAUACAACCUUUACCGAAAAAUGAAAAGAGUCCAUUGACCCUAACAUUCAGCAAUCCUUCCAACUAUUCCUUCGAAGUAUUAUCGUACCACAAGGGCGUUAUGAAAGUAAUCGAUACGUGGUUAAACAUUUGCCCUUUAGACUUGGAAUGUUCGGCGGCGAUGAGACGGGAAACUAGGGAAUUUUUACAUAAAUUUAGUUUAUUAGGACCAGAAUAUAAAAUGUGGACUAAGAAACAGUUGGAACGUUUGAACUUGGACGAAUUCGACAUAAGGCGAGCAUCUACGACAGCCGUACCGGAUGUAGAUAACGUUAAUUCCGAAUAUAAGAGGUUGCAACAUUUAGUCGUCGAAGGAGAGCUACCUUGCGAAAAGGAAGACGCAGCUAUGUUAGCUGGAAUUCAACAGCACCUUGAAGAAGCUUGGCCGGAAGAAGAUGAUAACGACGAUCAAGAACAAGUAGAACAAGAAUUAUUAGAUUGUGAUUAUCAAAAGAAGGAAAGAAAAGACUAUCUAUUAAAACACAGGCCUAAAAAAUUGACAAGUACAAGGAGAAAAGGAAAGUUAACUAAAUCGUUGUUAUGCCUUCACGAAGACGGCUUAGGUAUGCCUUGCAUGCAGAAUGAAGAAAGUCAGGCGUUGGCAAAGUGCCUACCUCCAGAAUAUAGGCACGUUAAAGUAGUAGAAAAAUUAGUUGAGGACAAGAUGCAUCGACUCUUUCAUACUCCUUAUUACGAUAACGAACUGAAAUUGAAGCAACUGUAUGUUAAAAUCUGCAAAAAUCUUGCUGCAUAUGAUUGUAAGCUGUAUCCAGUAAAAGAAGUAGAAACGGCUCGCGGUUCUAUUAAGAAGCGUACGAAUCGUCUAUUAGGAAUAAAUCCUGAAAAGUUAGUUCUAUUGGAUAGAAAAACAAAAAAGAACAUUCAAGUUCAUCGAAUGAACGAAAUUACUUCAUUAGAAGAACACAAAUCAAGUGAUAUUAUUACUUUAGAAUUCCGUGGGUCUGCUCCAUGGCGUUUAACGUCUUCCUCUAUUAGUAAUUUAAAGUCAGCGCUACAGGAUGUUAUGGAUCCAAGCGUUACCAAUGCUAAUAUAUUCCAUCAUAAUAUGCUAGAAUUUUCAUCAACAAAUCAAGAACAAGAAAUAACUUCCGAUUAUGCGGACGAACUGAAGCAAAUGACCGAUCUUUUACACUUUCCAGAGGAGGUAGCUGCUUUAAUGACCAGAAAAGAAUACGAACAAUUUAACAAUGUUAAGCCUAUAUACUAUAUUAGGCAAGUAACUGUUGAACUAAACAAGAUAAUGAGAGAUAGCUCAGAGCCAACAGUUCAAAAUUUGGUUAAUAGGUUCAACGAAGUUAGCGCAUGGAUAACUCAAAUUAUAAUAGAUCAACAAAGCUAUGAAGAUAGGAAAGCCGUUUUAACUUGUAUAAUACGCUUGGCCGUUACUUGUUUUACUUUAGGAAAUUUUAAUACCACUGUCGAAAUAUUAGCUGGUUUAAAAUCGCAUAAGUUAAAACCGUUUUGGUUAUGCAUUCAAGACGAAGACUUAAGUUCCCUAACUACUUUGGAAAGUGUAUUGUUGACUUGUAGAGAAUGUACGGACGAAUAUAGGCAAGCUAUCUACAGAGCUUUAGAUAUGCCUGGUUGUCGAGUAAUACCUUUCUUCGGAAGUUUUUUAAGGGAUAUAAGAUCAAUACUUUAUGGUAUUCCAAGUAUAGUAGUUCUACCAACAGAAGGAUGUCAACAUUUGGAGCAUAUUUCUGAUUUCGCCGGUGAAGAUAGAUUUAUGACACGUAUUGGAGUUGGUGGACUAAUCAAUAUGGAAAAAAUUCAACAAAGUCAUGUGAUCCUUAAUGAUAUACAUCUCUUCCAGGAGCAUGCAAGGAUACAGGAAACUCAAAGAAUUACAGAGGAUAACGAUGAUGAAAAAGAGGAAAAGAAUAUUUACGAAGAUGAUAGUGAUUAUGAUCUUAAUACAUCAUAUCAUUCUUUCGCUAAGUCUACCACUAGCAAUCAUGGAGUUAUGAUGAUAUCUCCAAAGUCAUCCAAAAUAAGAUUACACGAUCUACAAACUCUCUAUCAUGGAACAACUGUCGUUAGAUGGGAUUCGUCCAGUGGACAGAGUUCUAUUUGCUUUCUAAAAUUGGAAAAUGAUACAGGAACAUUGGCCUGGAGAAGGCCACCGUGGAGUGGUUUAAAAGGCGCCACACCAACUCCUCCAGGGCAUCCCCAGUAUAUCCUAAAUAGGGAUAUUGAUUGUCCUCAAACGUGCGCAUUAUAUGCAAGGUAUAAUGCUGGAAUCAAUGUUAUAGAAGAUAUGGAAGAAGGUCAUGUAGAUUUGGCUGCAGUAAAGUCUAUUACUUUAGGUAGCACAAGUGCAGAUCUAAAUUCUAUUGCUAGGAAGCACAAUAUGCUAUCUUUAACAUCUAAUAACUGCUUAACAAUUAUUCAUGGAGCAAAUUUACCGGAAAAUAGGCCUAUCGAAUUUAUUUUUCCAUCGUUAACAGCUCGAAUUUGGCACAGAGCACUUAAAAGGUUAGUGCAUGGUAUGCAAAUUCUACGAGGCAGAAAUACAGAUUUACGACUUCAUUGGCUUAAGGAACAAUAUUUGCAAUUAUAUUACGAAACGGAUACACCCCGUAGGCCUAUUGCUGCCGAUGCCAUUAAGUUAUUCGGGGGUAGGAAAUGGCCAAAUGAAAAUACAAGAUCAACAUCUCAGGAGAAGGCAACACAACCGUUAGGUUUACAUAGGACUAAUUCCGUAUUACCAGGUCAUACAAAGGCUAAUAAGAAGAAGAGUGCAACGGGUGUUCUCCCAAACAGAGACACACCCAAAAAGGCAACCUUUACAACAGAUUUUUCUCAAAGAAAACAAGUUGAUGAUAGCAAAUUUAAAAAGAAUUCAACAACAAAGAAAUUUAAUCCAUCUUCGUUAUUUAGGCCUAGAAAUAUAACGUUUAAUUUUGUGUCUUUGGGUUUCAAGCCUAACGAUCCAAAAAGGUUAUCAUUUCGUCAUAAGGUUAAUGAAAGAAGGCAUGAUAAUAUUACUAGAACGAUGGUCUUGGAUUUUUUGGACUUUGUCGAACUAUUUAAAGCUUUCAGCUUAAGGUGUAGAAAGGAUUUAUUUCAAGAAUUCGCAAGAUAUGCUACUACAACUCCAAUAGAAUGGAAGAUGCCCAAGGAACUAUUGGAAUGGAAAUGUGAUAAGCACGAAUUAGGUAUCAUAACACGCAAUUCGAUCCUAGACGAACGCCUGGAAUCCCAAUCAAAAGUUCAAAUUGAUAUCAUGGCUUUAUCGAGUGUUAUUCAUAACUCAGCAACAUGCAGUGUAUCAACAUUUAAUGCUGCUCAGAAAGGGCGACAGAAUGAAGGACGGUUAAGUGAUUCAUCAACUAAUAUUGCUUCGGAUAAAAGUUGUAUGGGAAUAGCCGAGUUAAAACAAUUUUUAAUUAAAGAGCAGGAAGAAACAAACGUUUCAGAUGAAAGAUGCAUGCAAAUCAUAGCCAGACACGAACGAGAUCCGGAAUUUAGAAAGUUGUGCAAGUUAAGCGCCGAAGGUUUUGCUAGAUAUCUAAUGGACAAAGAGAACUAUGCAUUUGUAUCAGAACAUGCAAAGCAGUCAGACGAGGACAUGGAUCAUCCAUUAUCCCAUUACUAUAUUGAAUCUUCUCACAAUACUUACUUAACUGGCCAUCAGUUACGUGGUGAAAGUUCAGUGGAUAUUUACAGUCAGGUUCUAUUGUCCGGAUGCAGAUGUGUUGAAUUGGAUUGCUGGGAUGGAGAUGACGGAUACCCAAUUAUUUAUCAUGGACAUACUCUCACCUCUAAAAUAUCUUUUAGGAGUGCUGUUGAGGCAAUCAGUAAGAGUGCUUUCAUAACUUCUCCUUAUCCAGUUAUUCUUUCUAUUGAAAAUCAUUGUUCACUGGCUCAACAACAGAAAAUGGCAAAGAUAUUCAUUGAUGUCAUCGGUGAUCAUCUUUUGAAAGACUUCCUUAGCGAUUCACAUUUACUGGAAGAUGCUAAUUUACCAUCUCCUAAUCAGUUGAAAUAUAAAAUCCUUAUUAAGAAUAAGAAAUUACGAAUGUCGGAGAACCAUAAUGCAAGAUAUAGAGCUUCUGAUAGUGGGCGACCCAGUCUGCCAGCACCAUAUGAUGACGACGAUGAUGAAGAGUAUGACGAUGAGGAUGAUACUAUGUCGAGAGACAUACGUCAGUCAUCGGCAGCUACACCGGAAGUGUGCGUGGAAAAAUGUUCCGAGCCCAAAUCCUCUCCACUCUUUAAUACAUUAAAGAUAAUGGAAGGAGAAAUAGAUAGGCCACGCUCCAGUUCAUUUGGUUCGCAAAAGGCCUUAUCCCCUAAUGGUAGACAGUCCCGUCCUAGAUCUGGUUCACUUGGUAACGUCUCAGUGGGUCAAGAGAAAAAAUUGGCUAUAGCGACUCUGUCUCAAUCGCCAAGUGAUACAAAUUUAUAUAUUGACUCAGAAAAGAUGAUAAGCCCAGAUACGCCAAGCAGUGCUAGUCGCUCUUGGUCGAGAAAAAAUACGUUUAAGAAACCAAAAAGUAGUAAUGAGAGUUACGAUGCAAAGAUUAGUAGUACUUCAUCUCAUUCCGCGUGUAGGGUAAGGUCUAGAGAAAGUGAAAGUGAAGCAACCUACCCCUCUAGGCGAACUUCUUACGAAGAGACCAAAUUACACUCAGUUAAUAGACCUAAAAGUUCGAUGGAUGCUUUUGAUUGGCAAUUCGAUCCUUCCGGUCAAAGCGUUGCAUCUGAUCACGAUUCUCCACCAAAGAAUAAAAGGAAAAAAGCAGCUAUUGCCCAAGAAUUAUCUGAUUUAGUUAUAUAUACACAAGCUGUAAAGUUUCGAGGCGUUAGUUCGAUGACAAGUAGUAUUCAGAGUAAAUUAAAGAAAAGUACCGGUAGGAGAAGCGGAAGUCAAAUUACUCUCGAAAGUGAGAGAAGUGAAUUAAGUGUUCCAACUUUUGGCAACUCGAAAUUGUCCCGGAUAGUGAGAAAUGGACCUAAUUGCUUUCAAUUACCAUCAUUAAACGAAGGCAAAGCCAAGCAGGUGUGCAGAAGACAACCAACAUUAGUAGUUACUCACACGGAAAGGAAUUUAAUGCGAACUUAUCCCGCCCCUACAAGGAUUGAUAGUAGUAACUUUAAUCCUGUAAUAUUCUGGGCUUUUGGUAUACAAAUGGUAGCUUUGAACUAUCAAACGGAAGACACACCCAUGCAGGUUCAAACGGCGAUGUUCGAGCAAAACUGUCGUUCUGGAUACGUUUUAAAACCAAGGAUGAUGUGGGAUAAGACACAUCCGUUGUUCGGUAGAUUCAAUCCCUGGGAUAAAGAGUUAGAUGCCGUAAAUGCUUGCAAAUUGGAAAUAACAGUUAUUUCUGGCCAAUAUGCCUGUCCUAAUAACUUUAACGGUCAUCCAAUGGUCGAAGUUGAAAUAUUUGGAAUCCCUUGCGAUUGUACAAAAUAUAAAUGCAAAACAAUUAAGGAGAAUGCUGUAAAUCCUAUUUGGAAUGAGAGUUGCUCUUUUCCAUUGAUGAUGCCUGAUCUCUGCUUCGUCCGAUUUACUGUCAUAGAUACAAACGCCGGGCAAACUGUUGCCGCCCAACGAGUCAUACCUGUAAAGAGGCUUAGAUCUGGCUAUAGACACCUAAGAUUAAGAACACCUGGAAAUCAGAAACUAGAACUUUCUUCACUAUUCAUAAAAACCCAUCAGAGAGAGUUGGAUAAUUUAAGCGAAUGUGGAAAUUUAUCAUUAGAUAGUUACAAAACGGAUAAAUCUGAAUCAAUCAAUAUACCUUUCUUCCCCUUCGUAAAACAGAAUAUACCAAACCAUAAAAGAAGAGGAUUUCAAAUCAAUAUCUACGGUGUAACGACUUUCGAGGAGUAUACAUCAAUCAAGGUUACCCAAGAGGCGACUGUUUAUGAAGCUAUUCAAAUGGUUUUACAAAAGGCAAAUAAAGUUGAAGAUUCUGCCGAUGAUUACGCUCUAAUUGAGCAUGUUUAUCGAAACUGGCACCGGAACGAAGCAGAUCGGGGCACACAACGACUUUUAGACCCAAAGGAAAAGAUAAUGCUUGCCCAGAGUAAAUGGAAAGGCCAAGGACGCUUUGUUUUAAUAAAGAAGAAUAACGAUCCAAGCACUAGAGCUUGGAUAAGUACUUUUUAUAAAGACCAAAAGAGACGACAAGAAUCGCAAGAUGGAGUUGGUCAAGAUAGUGAAUGGGUUGAGCAAACUAGUAAUCAAAUAUUUAUAGUGUGCAUUCAUAACGUUUCUGAUGAACAAAAGUAUACGAUACUACAAGCUCCGAUUACAAGUACAUCUCAGGAUGUUAUAUCACAGGCUAUUAUCAAGGGACGUCGAAAAGAGCGACCGAGUCAGUUUGUCCUUGUUGAAGAGACAUCUACAAAUAUUUCAGGGAGAUCUACUCCUGCGUACCGAAUUUUGGCUGAUGAUGAAAAUGUUUAUGCAGCUCAGCAGGCCUGGAGAGCCAGUAGCGCUAAUUUUGUUCUAAUGGAUAGAACUAAAGCAUUCGAGCUGUUGGAAAAAACUCAAAAAUCAUCGAAAUCUGGAGCGUUACAAAAAUUACAUAUGAUGAAGUUACCGUCAGCGUUCACAAAAAAGAAAAGUAGCAAGGAGAGUGAUGAAAAUGAUGCAAGUAAUAGAAGAACCAGAAGUUUGCCCGAAACGGCUAAUUUACAAGUUCGAAUUACUAGAACAAGCGAUUCCGGUUUACUAACUUCCGGAAGAAAGUCGCGUUCCCCAUCUCCAAGCCUUCGAUCAAUGGAUCGAGCACCAUAGAAACAAAAUAUAUCACAAAAUAAACAAACAAAAACAACAACUACUAAUAUAAUCUACAGAAGAAUAUUUUUAGGCCUAAAACUUUGAUCUUUUAAUUAUCAAAAACACUUUUUCUAUAUUUUCUACACCGAGCUUUCAUUAAAUAAUGCAGAAAUUGUUAUACGAAAAAAAGACUAGAAGGAGAAGACGAAAUAGAAGAGAUAGAGGAGGAGAAAGAAAAAAACACAAAGAAGCAGAAGAAGCAAAGAGAAAGGAGAAGAUGAUGAUGUUGAAGAAGAUACAGAUGAGAAUGACAAUAAUACGAUAAUGAGAAUACGGAAAAUAUAACUUUCAAUUAAAAGCAGAAAAAGAAAAUAUUUGAUUUUUUUUUUGUAUAUUACUAUGAAACUUUGAGCAAAGAAAAAUGCCUCUCUUUAUACAUAAUUAUAGGGGAUUUUCUUUUGUUACCAUCUCUUUUUGAUAAUGAUAAAGCAGACGAUAAUUAUUAUAAUGACGACUGUGGAUAAACUUCCUAUUUUGUUUAAUUCUUUUCUCUUAUUUUUUAUUGACGUUUACAUAUAUAUACAGUAUAUAUAAAUUUAUAUAUAUAUAUAAGUAAGCAUUUAUUUAUGGACUUUAAAUGGGGUGUUUAAGCUGCAGAAUGUAUUAAAAUUAAGUAUACGUAUAUUCUAUAUUGUAUACAAUAUGUAAAAUUGCAUAUUUUUGUGCAUACAUCUGCAAUUUUAUGCUCAAACACUUGUAAUAAAAUACUUUUAGUUGUAUAACGAAAUAUUUUGUAUACUGCAAAAAAAAAAAGAACACAGUUUUCUAUGUUGUCUCCAAAAAAUACAGUUUUAUUACAAUGAUUUUAACAAAUCGAGAAUAAAGAUAUACUGCAUAGGUAAUAUAUGGAGCAUAUGCACCAC